AUGGGAAAAAAAGCACUCUGGACUAUCUUGUGUAAUCUACUGAUUAUACAUUCUGUGUUAUGUAAAAAAAUUGAUAGGAAAAAACCGAACAGAACUAAAAAGGAGCUGAAUCUAUUGCCAUUAUAUGCCAAUUUAGUGAACACUGAUCAUGUAGAAUCUAAAAUAAAAAAAAAGGCAGAUGCCAAAAAUAAUAACGAUAAAAAUGACCAUGAUGACUCUAACAAACAAUACUCAUCUAAUAGUUCAUCUUUCCUAAUAAUAGAAGAUUCUGCAAUUACAAAAAAAAAGAAAAACUAUCCUUACUUAAAGAAAGGAAAGUUAUAUACACCUAAUACAAAUAAUAACAAAAGCGAAUAUGUAAAUAACCAAUUAUAUGCUAUUAAAAAUGCAUUUAUUCAAAAUGGUAAGAAAAAAGCAGCUCCUAAACCUACCAAACAGGUACCCCAAGCCGUCACCAACGGUAUAGAAUAUAUUAGUGAGACAGAUACACAUUCAAAUAUAGUUUCUCAAUUAAGUCCACAUAAUGCAUACGUACACUACUUUGCUGAAAUGAAACAUUAUAUAUGGAAUUAUCAAGAAAUCAAAAAUGAUUACCAAAAUAAUAUUGAACGAAAGGUAAAAACCUAUUCUGAUAAUGUUGCGAAAGUAACAAGUCAAUGUUCAUCUCAUAAAAAUGGUCUGAUUACAUUAAUAAAAUAUUUAGAAGAGCCAGAGAGGCAUAAAAAUCAAGGAACAAAUUACGGUAAUAAACAAAGUGAAUACAAAUCAAAAUUGAAGGAUUAUCAUAAUUGUAUAAAAAAUAUUCACACUAAUGCAUAUAAGGAUUAUGUAAAUAUCAAAUCUGAUUUAAAUAAACUUCUUAAUAAACUAAAUUGCAAUAAACAUAAUUGUAAUACUACACGUUAUGAUGAUAUGAUUAAGGCGCAUAUAUUAAAAAUUGACCAAUUUGAUCAUAGAAAAUAUAAUGAUUUUAUAAAUACAAUUAAAAAUAUACACACUUCCAGUGGUGAUGCAAUAAGAAAAAUAAAAGCUGAAUUGAAUGUAAACCUUUAUACAGAUAUAACAGAUUUUAUUAUAGAAGAAAUUAAAUAUAUUAAAGAAAAAUAUGAUCAACACUUAUCCAAAAUAAAAUCUGCUUCUGAUAAUAUAAAACUUUAUCUAAGACAAAAUACACAAAGAUUAGUAAACAAAAAUACUCUUAAAGAUAAUUUUGAAAAAUUAGCAUAUUAUUAUUCCACUUUUAAAUUUAGUACUGAACACAUGAGCAUGCUAGAAAAGGCCUUAACAGAAAAAGAAAAAAUACUUUACAACUCUUUUGCUAAAUUUCAGACAGACUUGCAGAACAGAGCAACUAAUCUUUUAAAUUCUGAAUAUACUCUAUCUGAGGUUGAUUCUAUCAUUACUUUUUCAUCAGAAUCCUUAAAACUUGCAGAAACAGUUCAAGAAUCUAACCAAAAAAUUAUAGAUGAAUAUGCACGCUACUCAAAUGUAGAAGUGAGUAAAGUUAAAACUGAGUAUGAUAAAGUAGUGAUAACCUUGAUAGGGGUUAUAGAUCAAUUGAAGCACUAUGUAAAUUUUAUAAAGGAAAAGGUUGAAUCAACUAAUUCGGAAAAGGCUGAAGUAGCAAACAAAUUAAAAGAUGAAAAAUUAAAAGAAAUGAAUCAAUUACAAAAAGCUAUUGCAUUCUUAGACAUAAUAGAAACAAUAAAACAUAACAAAGAAUAUAGUAUUACAGAAAGAAUAAAGCAAAUCAAGUUUUAUGAAGAAUACGUAAAAGAUGCAAAAAAAAAAAUUAUUGAGUUACAGAAAGAUGUUGAAGCCCGUAAAGAUAAACUAUUAAAACUGAUUGAAGAUGAAAAAAAAAAUCGCAUUAUCAAGGAUGAAAUAAAAAAAGAAAUGGAAUAUAUAGCAAAAAACCGAGAUAAUAUACAAUUAAUAAUUUCCAAAAAAGCAGAAUUAGACAAAAGUGUCCUAGAAAUUGAACAGCUAAUUAAGGUUGUCCACUUUGGAGUGGAAAAGUUUACAAGUGAAAAAACAAAACUGCAAAGCAAUAUUAAAGCAAAAAUUACAGAACUUUACAAAGAAAAUCUUCAAACUGUUGUUGAUAAUUUAUCCAAAUUUGUAGAUGAACACAAAAACUUCUACGAAAAAGCUUAUACUUCAGAUGAUAUCGAUAAACUGAGAAAAGAAACUAAGCAAAAACACGAAGAAGUAGUAAAAAUGAAAUUUGAUGAUAUCACUCAAAUAAUGGCCGCUUUAGAAACAGAGUCAAAAAAAUUGUCAGAACUGAAGAAAAAUAUUAUACUAGACCAAUCUGAAGGUGUUAAAAGAGACAUGUCAAGUGAGCUAGAAAAGUUAAAUAAACAAUUUAACGAUUUAAAAGAAAGCCUAAAUAGAUAUAAGGAGAAAAAGGAAAAACUCGAAAAGUAUAAUGUUACUAUAAAUGAAAGAAAAGACACUUUUCUCCAAACUAACAAAGAAAAUGAUAGCGAAACGUCUGAUAAUACAAAUAUUUAUAGCCAAAUUGAAAAACACAAAGAUGCUAUUACAAACAGGCAAAACACAAUAUCUAAUGAUAUUAAUUUGAUGUUGGAAAGUGUAAAAACUGCUAAUAAUAAAUUGAAUACAAGCACUGAUAUAAUUCGAAAAUUAGAAGACCAUACGAAAGAAAAGUAUUCAGAUACAAACACAUCAUUAGAAAAUUUUAAUACUCAAAUUACAGAUAUAAAAGUCAGCGAAUUCCAAAAUGAAUUUAUCAAGCUGAAAGAAUCAGUUAGUAAAACCUUAGGUGAUAUUCAAACUACAAUCAAAAAUAUAAAAAGCAUCAAGGCAUUAAAUGCUGUCAUAAAUGUAUCUAACAAAAACAUGGAAGACGUAGAAAAAAUAAAGGAUAUAAAAAAAGAAUUAAUCUUAAAAUUAGAUAAUCAUAUGAACGACAUUAAAAAUUACAAAUUAGUAGAAGAAAGCAAAAAGGAAAAUUUGACGAAAACUUUAAAUGAAGAAAAAGCCAAUGUAGAGAAAGAAUUAUCCGAAACAGAAAUAGGCAAUUUAAAAGAAAAAAUAAGUAACAUAUUAAGUUACUGUGAUAAUACAAAAAAAUAUAUUUCCAAGGAUAGUGCAGUAAAUCCUGAUGAGUUAUCAAAAAAUAAAACUGAAUCCGAUAAUAUAAAACCCAAAAUAGAUAACCUAAACACUAAACAUAAAGUGUUAGAGAAAAAAAUAGAAGAUCUCAUUAAAGAGCAACAUCAGAAAGUACUAUCAUGGGUAAAUGACCUUAUAACAAAAAAGGACCAAGAAAUAAAAGAAAAGUAUCAGAAAAAUACAGAUUCCAUAAAUGAAAUGAAAAGGAAACUAAUCCCCCUCCUUUUUAGUGAAGAUGUAAAAAAUAUUGCAAAUACCACAAUUAAAGAUAAAAUAAAAACAUUUGAAGAAACAGUUAAAAAUAUUGAGCAAAAAAUAAAUUCCCAGAAUACUAAAUUAAGCGAAAUUAUGAAUUCAUAUAAGCAGUACAUGGAAAUUUUCAAUACAGAGAAAGAUAAAAAAAUCCAUUUUGAAGAAAAAAGAAGUAGUAUGGAAGAAUUUUUUAAUAAAAUGGAAGAAAUUACAUUUAAAAAAUUAGACGAGAUAGAAAAGGACGAAACUACGUUAACAGAAGUAAAAAAAGCCGAAUUAGAAUACGCAAGAAUUUUAAUUCAUCAUGCUGUCCAAAAUAUAGAAAAAGAAUCUGCUAAGGGAAAUGAUGCAGUAUCACAAAUUGAAGCAUCCACUAAACAAAUUGAUGAAAUAAAACAACACACGGUUGAAUAUCAACAAAAAAAUGCAAAUAUCAUUGACUACAAGGAAUAUUACGAUAAGGCUAAAAAUAACAAUAAAAAAAUUAACGAUAUUGUUAACACUGCUAAGGAGGAAAAGGAAAAGGCCGAUAAAAAUGAAAAUCUAAGUGAAAUAGAAAAAAUUAAAGAACAAGUUAAUGCCAAAUUGCAAGAAGCAAAAUCGGAAUAUAAUUCCAUUAUGGAUAUGCUGGCACAAAUUAAAAAGAUGAAGGAUUUAUUAAUUUUGAAUAAUUCUAAAAGUAUAUCUGAUGAAGUAUUGAAAAAUACCCAAAACGCAGAAAAUAUUAAAAAUUCCACUACUAACGAGCUUAAGAAAAUAGAUGAUCUUGUCAAAACAGUAGUUGCCAUGAUAGAUAAGGCAAAGACACAUAAAGAAAAAAUAAUAAUAACUUUACCCGAUGAACAAAUAGAUGAAGAAGUACACCAAAUUGAAGAAAUCAAGAAAGAAAUUAAUACUCAGAAGAAAGAACUAAUCAAAUCCUAUUUAAGUAAGAUGAAGGAAUAUAAAGAAAAAUGCACAUUAGAAAUAAGUAAUAUAAAAAGGGCAAAAAAUAAAAUGGAAGUAUUGAAAAAAAAUAAGGAAAAUACUCAAAAUAAUUCGAUAGAUAAUGACAUACAAAAAGUUAGUGAAAAUUUUGCCAAAUCUGAAGGAUAUCUAAAAGAAGUAAAUGAUAUGGAAGAAAAAGCUAAACAGAAUGAAAAAUCGCUUCUCGAAUAUGAAAAAAAUAUUAAUGAUAUUUUCGAAGAAUCAUUAAUUUUAGGAAUAGAAACAAAAUCGGUGAAAAAAAUAAAUGCCGCAACUGACAUAAGGAAUAAUAUAGAAGAGGAACACUCUGAAAUGGAGGAAAGGAUGAAAAGAUUUCAAGAAAAACUUAUCAAAUUACAAGAAAAACCGAACCAUGGCAAUGUAGAACAUGAUCUCAGUAAUACAAUUUCUACAAAUGCAGAUGUAAUUAUACAAACAAAUAUCGAAAGAGCAAAACAUAAUUUGUCCGAAAUUGAGAAAAUAAAAAUAGAGGUUGAAAAAAUUAUUGACAAAGUUAAAAACUCCACUAGUCCUUUAAAAUUAAAAACUGAUAUGAACGAAAAAAAAACAUUAGAUCAAGUGAAGGAAGAAGAAACUAAUUCUGCAAAAUAUUUGUCCGAAAUGACAACUGAAAAAAAGCUUAUUAGUGCUGAAAACGAAAAGCUCAAUGAUAUAGAGUCCCGUAUUGAAAGUAUAGAAAAGGAAUUAGAAGAAUCUAAAAAGAAUUAUGAAAUUGGACUUUUACAAAAGAUAAAAGAAAUAAGUGAUGCCAAAAAAGCAAGCAUAGAUUCGGUGAAAGAUUCAUUAAAUUCAAUACUGGGUAAUUUUUCUGCCAUUUUCAAUGGGUCCGAUUUAAAUGAGUACGAAUUUAAUAAAUAUUUAAAAGAUUAUGAACAAAAAUGGAGCGAAAUAAAGAACGAAUUUAAUCAGCAUUAUAAUAAAAUUGUUGAAAAUUUAGCAAAAGCUUCCAACAAUGAGACAAAUUAUAAUGUAGCGAAAACUCUAAGACAAGAAUCCCAGCAGGAAAAAGCAGAUAUUAUAAAUCUAGAAAAAAAGGCAAAUAGAUAUCUGAACGAUGUUAAAAAACUGGAAUCCUUCAGAUUUAUACUCCAUAUGAAAGAAGAUUUAGAUAAAAUUAAUACCUUGAUUAAAGAAGAAAAUAUUAAUGUAAACUCUGGUUAUGAGAACAUUAAACAAUUAAUUGAAGAUAUUAAAAAAUUGGACGAUGAAAAUGCUUCAUCUGAUAAAUUACAACAAGCUACAGAUAAAAAUACAGAAGUACACAAAACAAUGCACUCUACUUAUAAAAUCAGGGCAAAAUCUAUUUUAGAUCAUAUCUCCACUUCUGCAAAUUUUGUGGAUAUAAAAAUUGUUCCAAAAUUACCACUAUCCCAGUUAGUCGAACAACCAGACUUGAAAGAUGUGGAAGAAAUAAAAUUUCAACCAGAAAAUGAAGUAAAAUUAGAAACAGAAUAUGUGGAAAAAGAUACAAAGCUAACAAACGUUUAUGAAAAUGUUAAGAAAGCUUACAACACCGUUUUAGAAAUAUUCAAACACUCAAAAGAAAUAGAUCAAAAGCAAGAAGAAUGUAAAAAAUUAAUAGAUAUAGGAAAAGAUAUAGAUAACAAGCUUAAACUAAUAAAGGAGUUAAUAAAUAAAGUAAACAUUAUUAAAACCAAGGAACCUACUAUCUCUACCAGGUUAGAUAAUAGUUCAACCAAACUUAACCAAUUAGAAAAAAUCAAGUGCCAAGACAAAAGUUAUGAUAACAUUAUAAAUGAAAAUAAAAAAACAGAAUUAAAAAAUCUAUCCAAUGUUUUUAACGAACAAAAGAGUAACACAAUUGAUGAACAAAAAUUGAGUAAAAUAAAAGAACGUUUUACCAAUGCAAUAAACAAAUUAAAAUCUUUAGAAGGAGAAGUUCUAGUUUUAAAGGCCAGCGAGAGCGUCCUAGAAAAUAUUAAACAAAAAAAUACCUCCAUCGAUGAAGUACAUAUAGAGACAGAAAAUAUAGAAAAAGAUAUUGCAACUCUUGAUACCUCCUUUGAUGAGUUAUUAAAAAAAGGAAUCGAAUGUGAAGUUUUUAGAUAUACAUCUUUAAAGGAUAGCCUAGACACUAAAAUGAGCGAAAAUUUAACAAUAAUCGAUGAUAUAUAUAAAAAAGCACAUAACCAUUUUAAACAAAUUGAUAGUAGUUAUCAUUCCAUAGGCAGUGAUAUUCGGGGUUUUACUACCUUUUUAAAUACAGUAGAAUUGACUCAAUAUGAAUCAACUAAUUUUGAAAAAUCAAGUAAAUCUUCUACAGAAUUAGACAAUUCUUUUAACGAAUCGAAAGAUAUUGUAAAUAAUAUAAAAAAAAAUAUCAUAGAAUAUAAUGAAGAAACUGAAAUUAGUACUUUAGAAAAAAAUGCAGAAGAACUGGAAAAACUAUAUAACAAAUUAAUCGAUGAAAAAAACAAAAUUAAAGAAAUUUACGAAAUAGCAAAAAUUGUUAAAUUGGAUGAAAUUAAAUCAAGUGCUGAAAAAUAUAUUGAAAUAGUUGAAGUAUUUAGUAAGGCAUUAUCUAGUCAAAAAUCAAGAAUAGAAGAAAACAUAAGUAGUGUUACAACUCUCAAAGGUGCAAUUAAUACAAAAAUAGAAGAACUAGUUAAGGUUGACAAUUCCUUUACCUUAGAGUCUAUUAAAGCCUUCGAUGAAAUUUACAGUAAUAUUAAGACAGAUAUAGAAAAACUGGAAAAGCUAGAGAAAUUCAAUUAUAAUGAACAUGACAAUGUAAAAAAAAAUCAAGAAAAAAUCACACUUUUAAUAAACAGAAAGAACAUCCUAACUGAUUAUAUGAAUGCUUACGAAGAAGAGGAAACACUGAAUAAUAAAAAUGAGAAUACACAAAAUGAAAUAAAUAAUAAAAUAGGAAAUAAUAAAACCAUUGUAUCUAAUUUAGAUGAUAAAUUAAAUAAAUUAUCAUUAAAUAUUGGAGAGAACGAUAAAAUGUGUAGUGAAAAUUAUACAAAUGAUUUCAUUAACCAAAUUAUGAAAGUAGUAAACGAAGUAAAUGCACGUUUUAUACAAAAUUUACCAGAGAAGGAAAAAUUCUUUCAAAUAGAAAACAAUUUCAAUGAAAUUAAAGAUAUUGAAAACGAAAUAUAUAGAGACUAUGACGUUAAUGCAUUUAUUAUAAAAAUUAAUGAACAAAUUUACAAUCAAGAAUCAAGCGUGAAAAAUGACAAAAAUGUUGAUAAUCUAAAGAAAGCUAUACAAAAUGUAAAAAAUUAUAAUGAAGAAACGAUGGUAUUAUUACAUAAAAUUAAUAGUGUAUUAGAAAGGAUAAAACUAAAGAAAAAUGAAAUGGAUGAAUUAUUUAACUCACUUUCCAAAAGCAAUCAAAAUGCAUAUGAAACUGCAAGACGAUACAUAAACGAUUCAGUAGAAAUAGUUAACAAAUUAAAUGUCCAUAUUUCCAAUAUAACAGUAGUGUUAAAUAAUGCUGAAACAGUGGCAGAAGAAUUGGAAAAAGAGUUAGGCAAGUUAUUAUAUCAGCAGCAAGCCAACAAUGCAAGUGAUGUUGAGGAAAAUAUCUCACCAGAUGCACAAAGAGAAGAAGAAACAGAACCAGAAGCAGAAGAAGAAACGAUAAGUGACACUAAGAGUGAGGAACAAGAAGAGGAUACAGAUUCAUACAGAGUCCAAAGAGCAGAAACUGAGAAUCAUGAGGCAGAAAAUGAAAAAUCUUGGCAUAGAAGAAUUUCCAGUGCAAAAGGAGAAAAGGAAAGAGUAUUAUUAGCUGGGGCUUUUAUUCUGGGUUUAUCAAUCUGCAGUGCUAUUUUUAUAGCAGCUAAAAAGAAAAACGACGAAGAAGAAGAAUAUGAUGAUGAUGAAAUGAGUAACUAUGAUGAUGAUAUUAAUUUAGUUGACGGAUUUAUCAUGCAAGACAAGGAAGAAGCAAUUGAAGUGUGUUUUGAUGAAUUUGAAUGA